AUGGCGGACGAUUUGGAUGCAGAGCUCCUGGCCCUGGCCGGUGACUCUGAGGAGGAACAUUCGCCUCCCCUCCAGAAAGAUGACUCUCCAGAGCCUUCUCCUUCUCCUCGCUCACCAGACCGUGAUCAAUCACCUGAAACAAUGGGGCGCAAAGGAACUGCGAAGGCUUCACGCCGAGGAAAGAAGCCUGUGAGGGACGAAGAGGACGGUGAAGUAUCCGAAGCCGAGUCCCAUGACUCCCUCCAAUCUGCACCCAUGUCCGAGUCCGACUCUGAAGCUGGAGAAGCCACCGACGACGAGGACCGUCCCAUCUUCCCUUACGACAAGCUUUACUAUUCUGCAAAGGAAAAGCAAGAGAUUAUGGCCAUGCCUGAAAUUCAACGUGAAGAGUUGCUCUCGGAGCGUGCUCAGCAGGUCGAUCGCCACAACCAAGAUCUGGCUCUGCGCCGUCUUCUAGCCUCUCGCGAGCGCGAAGAAGCGCGUGCUGCCGCCAAGCAGGCCAAGCGUAAAGCGGGAGCCGCCGGCCUCGAUGAUACCCAGCGCAAGAGUUCUCGACAGAAGACCACCCUGGGCGGCCGCAAAGUGGGAGAAGCCUCAGACGCCAUCGAAGCCUACAAACGCCAGCGUGAGCAGAAGGGCAAGCGUGAUGAACAACGUCGCCGAGAUACUACACAGUCGCGCCGUCGCUCUCGCUCUCGCGGCUCUGAUAUCUCAGACGAAGACGCUGAGCUUGAGAGUGACCUUGAGCUGGAAGACCGCCGACGACCCCCCGCCGAGCUGCGUGACGUUCAGCGCGCUCGCGUCGGCCGCAGCAACUUUGCUCAGGUUUGCUUCUACCCUGGAUUUGAGGAAGCCAUCACCGGCUGCUAUGCUCGUGUCAACAUCGGCCCCAACCACGAGACUGGCGUGAACGAGUACCGCCUUUGUUUGAUCCAGGGCUUUAACACCGGAAAGCCCUACGCCAUGGAGGCCAAGAAUGGCCGUCCCUUCAUCACUGACCAGUAUGCCAAGCUGGCCCACGGCAAGGCUGUGCGAGAUUUCCCCUUCAUUGCUUGCUCCGACUCUCCAUUCACUGAGGCCGAAUACAACCGUUACCGUAAGACCCUGGCAGUUGAGGACUGCAAGAUGGCCACACAGAGCAAGCUGGCAUCUAAGGUUGCAGACAUCAACCGUCUCAUCAACCACGUCUUCACCCCCGAGGAGAUGACCCGGAAGUUGCGCAGACAAGGUGUCCUGGACGAGGACACGAACAUCCUCCGACGUGCUGAUCUUGAGCGCGAUAUCAAGCUCGCCCGCGCCAGCGGCGACGAGGAGAAAGCCGAGACGCUGCAAAAGGAGCUGAAUGAUAUCGUGAACCCCAAGCUAUCCUGGGGCACAUCCCUUAUCAAGACACAAGCAGGCUCCGAGAAGAAGCUCUCCGAAGCCGAACGUGUCCACCAGAUCAACCUCCGGAACCAAAAACUGAACUACGAGAACGUCCGCCGUGCUCAGCUUGAAGAGCGGAAGGCUGCUCGCAAGAGUGCCGCCGCCGUCGCUCGCGGAGAGGCCGCCCCGGAUCCCUUCAUGCGUGUUCGCACCGUUGCCAAGACGCAUCACGAUCUCUCCGAUAAGCCCAAGGAUGCCAGCCCUACAGAGGGCACCCCUACCGACACCCCCAAGGAGUCACCCAAGGUUGCUACUGAUGGCCCCGCCCGAGCUGUAACCUCUGGUGUCACGCCUAAGAAGCCCAAGAGCGGUUUCAUGAUCAGCUACCGCAACACAGAUGACGAGAACAUUGCUGCCCUGGAUUUGGAUAUCGAUAUCGAGAUCUAG